CAUUUUAUUUGACUGGAAUUUUGCUUGGCAUGGCAUAUUUUCUUAGACAUGACGUCACGCAAUCGACUACUCUGUGCUUCUCCAUCGCCGAGGGAAAGCAGAGCUCAGUGAGUGAUUACUACUGCCUGAAUCAGUCUUGUUUUCAUGGAAUGAACUGUCAGUCAGUGGAAUAUCAUCUCGCUUCUAGUCCAACACUUGCUAAAUGGUGAGUGGCUAGUCCGCCACACCCAGCCUGCGUUGCCAUGGACGCCUGUGCCCGUAUCCGAGGAGUUCCUCUCAGGACCAGAGCCUCCAUCAGGAAAGAGACGGUGCGUGACAGUGGGCCUCAGUGUGUGAAGAGCCUUCUGAGGAGCAGGAAGGAGCUGUGCAGCAUGGGACUGGAGCUACAGACCAGAGACACACCACGUCUGACUGAGAUCAAUUUUGUGUGUUUGCCUGGCCUCUCUGAAGGGGAGGAUCUAACUCUACAGGCCCUGUCGUCUCUCCCAGGGGACCUGGCGGAGCUCCUGAGGUCUCCCCACGUUACCAGCCUGAGGAACGAAGAGGUGCUGCUGCUGAAGGACAGCAGGAAACCAGCCGACAGGAGGGACUCUACUACACAGCAGUGCUCGCUAAAGGCGGUGUGUGUUGUAAGGCACAGCUCCAGCCCGAGUCAGGCCAUUGUUGGUGUGUUGGUGGGCCUGCUGGGGCGUUAUGCUGCGGGGGUCCGUUAUGCCCUGGAGCUCCAGGCCCUCCACAGGGGCACGGCAGAACCCUGCCAGCCCGAGGACGAUGACACCAACCAGUCUGUGUCUUCCAUCGAAGAUGACUUUGUCACUGCUCUGGAACACCUAGAAGAGGAGGCCACUGGAGAGAAUAACAACGCCGAUGACUCUUACCUCCAUGGAAACCACCGUGAUGUGGCCUCCCAGACAGUCCCUGCCCACAAGAGAGACAAGGACCUAUCAGGCUCCAGGAUCAUAAUCAGCUCUUCCCACAGGAUGUCCUCAACCAAUCGUAGGCCUCCUCCAGAGGUGUCCGUUACCGUACAGUGCUCCAGAAGGGCAGAUUCCCAGUGGACCCUCUGCAGCCCUAGAGCCCGGCUCCCCUCCCCCACACGUCCUGUCAGCGAAUCAGAGGAGUCGGACGGGUCCAGCCCUAGUCCAAUCAUCUUCCUAGAUGAGGUUGGCUACCAGAAAAGUCUCAAAGCGACACUGGACAUCCCUCAGAUCCCCGGGGGGCCGACGGACAGGGUGGAGGACUCUGACUCUGAGGUCAGCGAGUUCUUCGACAGCUUUGACCAGUUUGACGACCUAGACGAGCUGAGCUCAGAGAGCUGUACACUCACCUUGCCUUUAGACCCGACUUCCUCUGUUAUCAUUACCGGCCCAGACCAGAAGAAGAAGUACUCCGGUACUGGCAAGUCAGGGUCCAAGAAAGUGUCCCGAAGCUGUUCCACCAUGAACCCUCACCGGUUUGACCAGCGCACCCUCCCUGCGAAUGUGAAGAAGCCCACCCCACUCAGAAGUCCCCUCCCCCUUGGCUCUCCAUAUGGAUCCCCUGACUCCCCCCGGCCGGCCCGGACCUCCUCUGAGGAAGGUGGAGGUCCUCUGUUCAGCCCCGUUAGCUCCUCAGCCUUCAGCCCACUCGGAGAUGGAGCUCUGGAUUACUUCUGGAAGACAGAGGGAGAUGGAGGAGAUGAGUCAGAGCUAAAGAAACCCCAGGACCUGUGUUCCCUCUACAAGACUUACUCAGACUUUGCCAGCAGUCUGUCCAAGGAGAUCCUGGGCUCCGUGUGUGGAUACCAGUCUCCCGUGAACCUCAACGACAACAAGAACCUGAGCUGUGUCUGUCACAAGGAGUUCCAGAACCAGUCUGGACACGUCAUGAAGCUGUCUGAGAUCCAGGAGACGGUGACUGUCUCCAAGCUUCAGCAGAAGCCCCAGUCUCUGAAGGACGGCAUCCAGAGGUUCGCUACAGACUUGGUAGAGAUGAGUCUGGGCAGCGCUCUGAGAGACCUGCAGAAGGGAGUGUCUUCUUGCACCACCACCCUCUGCCACCUGGCUGCCAGACUCACCUCGUCUGUCUUCCAGAUGGCCUUCCAGGAGAUCGGCAUGCGCCGCGCCUAUGUCCUGAAGGAACGGGCCAUCAACGGGCUGGCUGGGUUCUUGGUGGGAGAGGCAGUGUCGGGCGCUCUGAAGGACUUCCUGACCGUGAAGAAGCAGAUGUUCAACAGCACCGUGACUCAGUUUGCCGCCGACCUGGCGGAGGAGCUAGUGUAUGAGGGGAUGAUGGAAGUGUGUCAGUUCUCCCACCCCUCCACCCCCCUCACCCCCAGUGACUGGUCCUUCAGCGUGGGGGAGGAGGACGAUGAGGAGGUGGUGUCCUCCUAUGCCUCGGACCUCUCUGAGUCUGUCCUCCAGGAGGCCUUCAUCGAACUGUCCCAGGCUGACGUGGCCUUCACCACCCAAGCAGCCAUCAGUGUCUCUCUGGACAACACAUUCAACGUCAGCACUGACGAAACACACACUACCUGCAGUACUGCUGCUGACCACCAGCCUAACCCUGCCGAGGAAGGCCCAGGUCCAUCAGGGGAGGAUGGCUGUACUGUGAAGAAGGCUCUGUUCUGUGUGUCUGGGAUGGCCAGCUGUGUACCUGUCCCCCAGGCAGGCCAGGCCCUCUUCCACGACUCAGAAGAGAUCUGCCAGUGUAAGAUCAGCCAGUGUAAGAUCAGCCUGGCCCACACCUCCCAGACCAGCCCCAAGAGGAGCUGCAGCUCAGAGAGCAGAAUGGUGACCACAGCCGCCUCUGAUGCUACUGCUGCCACACAGACUGACCUGUUGCCAAAGACCCCCUUUCACAACUUCUCUGGCAACAUGGUGGAUAUGAUAGUGAGUGAAGCGUGCGAGCUGAUGACUGCCACAAAGAUGAAGAAGAAGGUGGAGGACUGUGCUGACUUCCUUUCUAAAGCCAUUGUUGGUCGGGGACCUCCAUCCAGACAGGAGGGUACUGUCACUGACCAGACCUCCCACUCCUCUCUCCACCCUCAUUCUCAGAACCCAGGGAGAGUGACCUGUGAGUCAGGCUCCAGGACCAGCAGAGCUGUCUCAGAGACCCGGCCUGUGAUGAUGAAGGACACUCUAGAGAUUCCAGGGUUGGAGAUGGACGGCCGGGAAGGCAGGAAGAUGGCCUCCGGUGAGGAGAUGGUUCCCGGCACUGGUUGCAAGUCCAGCGGGACCCCUGGUACGCCCCCCUCCACCCCCCAGCAUCCCAACAAGGUGUCACAGGAGAAGCAGAUCAAGCAGUUUUCCAAGAAGCUGAAAGGCAAACUGGCCAAGGAGUUCUCUCCCGCCACCCCUCCUCCCACCCCACACUACCAGCCAGGGCCUGAGCCCAAAGAGUCUCCCUCUGAGAUGGACAAGGCUGACUUCAUGCUCAAACUGAUGAGGUCUCUGUCUGAGGAGGCAGACGGGAACGAGGAAGAGGAGGGUGGAGUAGAAGGGCUUAACUCUGGAACCGAGACAGGAAACUGUCUGCAGCCGGAACUCAACCUAUUGGUUGGAGGACACAAGAUGGCCGACAAGGGAGCCCUCCAUUAUGCAGAGCGCCUGGCGUGCCACAUCGUCUCCAUGGCGACAGAGAUGGGCACUCUGGGAGGAGUGGAGGAUAGAGGUAGGAGGACGGUGGAGGAGAGACGAGACAGCGUGGCCCAGUUCUCGGAGCAGACCCUUAACACGCUGUGGAUCUACGCUGGCGAGGUGGCGGGAGAGGUGAUCAGUGACGUGAAGAGGAUAAUGGGGUCAGGACAGUGUCGUCAAAGAUCAGUCAAACGAGCCAGCCAGGACUGGUCAGGGGAAUGCCCUCACCACCACAACCAACUCCAGCCCAGUGAACACAGCAGGGGCUGCAGAGUGGGUCAUCUGGCUGAACAGUGGUCUGGUGACCUCCUCUCCUCUGUCCUCCACCCGUCAAUUUCCACAUCUACUGCCAGCUCUGGCCUGUCCUCUGACUACCCCAGCUGUGAAAGUGUGACAGAUGAGUAUGCUGGCUACCUCAUCAGGCUGCUGAAGAAAGAGGGAGGCAGCAGGGAGCUGGUCCUGGAUCAGUAUGCCAGCCGUCUGGCCUAUCGCUCCAUCAAACUGGGCCUGGCCCAUGCUGCCCGCAACAUGAAGAAGAGACCCUCCUCCUCCAGGCACCACUCCUCCAGGAGGCUCCACCAGGAUGGCUGCAGGGGGCCCAACGCUGAGCUGUCUGUACCCAGGGACGAAGCAGGGAGAGUGGGAUCUCCUUCCAGCGACUCUGAUGAUGGGAGCCAGAGGGAGUACAUGGAGCUGGUGAACUUUGCAGAGUUGUUGGCGUACAACAUCACCUGUGACGUCACACGCAAACUCUGUGUGUCGUCAGACCGACUACCCAAGUCCCUGACUGACUCGUGUCUGUAUCAGAAAUUCAAGCUGGAGGACAUGGCAGAGAACCUGAUCAGGAACUCCUUUUCAUGCCCCCUGCUGGCCAACGAGGGAAAGGGCAGGCAGUACCACAGCACAGGCUGCCUGGACGACGGAGGCUACAGCAGUGGAGUCAUGCAGGUCAUGGAGCACUAUGCCAGGAAGAUAGUGGACGACACGCUGGAGAUGGGCCUGGCCUCGGCCGGACACCCAGCCCAACAGGGUCCAGACAGACACGCCCACUCUGAGAGACCGUCUGAGGGGGGAGCAGUGGGCUCUGUGCUGGGGGAGACAACCUGCCGAUACUGCCAGGUCAUCGAGUGUCCGUUCUGCUCGUGGCCUAGCAGGCAGUACAUCCUUGGGGCAGGAGCAGGCCAGAGGAGGAGGCCAGACGGGGAGGUGGGGGUGUGUGGCCUGGAGAUCCCUGAGAUCCACAUCGAUCUGGACCGCAGGGCAGUGUUCGCAGAGGAGAUCGUCACUACGGCAAUGGAGGGGGCGAAACGAGAGCUGAGCAACACCAGCCUGAAUGCUGACAGCGGGAUCGGACACGACGGGCCAAGCUUUGCCGAGAGUCUGACCGCAGAGAUCAUGACGUCCGCGCUGUCCAACGCAUGCCAGACUGCCAACCUCAGCUCUCCAGGCAGGGAUGCCACAGAGUCCACGGUGUCCCAGCAGCUCAGUCUGAGUGUGGGAGAUGACAGUCUGGGCAGCUGGUCCAACCUUAGCUUUGAGGACGAGCACCCCGACGAGACCAGCAGCUUCCUGCACCUCAGCGACAGCAAUGGGAACAGCAGUAGUUGGAGCAGCCUGGGGUUAGAGGGAGAGAUGUAUGAGGAGCACCUGUCCUUCUCUCCUACCGACAGCGACUGCACUGAGGACAAGGAGCUUGAGACCAAGGAUGAAUCCUGCGGUUCUGUUCGUGUGGACCGGGGCCAGGCUCAGGCUCAUAGGCUCCUCCUGGUGGUCAACUCGGAGCUCAGGGAAAUUACCUCUGACCCACAGCACAUGACCUUUGACCCCCAGCUCAGGAGCAUGCUGCAGUGGGCGGCGGCCUCCAUUGCAGACCUGCCAAUGGUUCAGCUGGGUCAUAGUGACAGCUGGGACCUGCAGCAGCUGCCUGCGGUGGUCCAGAGGCUGAAGGAGAGGGAGUGGAGGGUGGGAGAGCUGCUCCAAGCCCUGCUGCGCUACUGUGAGGAAACCUUCACCCCACCCCAGUCUGAACCCAGAGAGGAGACACCCCAGGCGGGGAGAGCACUCCGCCACACUCCCCUCUUCCAGUGGCUCCUGGAGCAUGCCUAGGCUGACUGCACUUACCCUCACCUCUCGCUCCUCUUUUCUCUCCUCUCCUCUCCCCUCCCUCCUCACCUCUCCUCUCCCCUCCCCUCCCCUCCCUCCUCACCUCUCCCUCCUCUCCCUCAUUUCGUCUUCUCUCCUCACCCCCACGUGACUUACUGUACAGUAUUUGUGAAGCCUGCCACAUAAUGAGCACUACCUGGCCAUGUUAAACUAAACCAUAUGAAGAUUCCCAUCACUCUUCAGUGAUGUGCAGCGUACCUGCCAAACCCCAAAUCUAGCCACCUCCUCGUACUGUGGAACCUGUCUCUUAUAGGGCUGUACACCCAUUCAUUACCCAGAGGGCGCUAUAAAAACAGCUUUUCUUAAUAUUAUCUAUUGUGUUUGGUGGGUGGGUGGGUGAGUGGGUAGGUGGGUGAGUGGGCAUAUAUUGCAUGCCGUGACUGAAAGUAAUUGUGUCUUUUCUUCUCUUUGGUUUUGUUGUGGUUCUUUUGUGUUUAAUAUUAGGCUGCAUAUCACAUGCGUUGAUUAAUGUGCCUUUCUGCUAAAGCCCUCUGACACAGCCACUCUUUCUCACAUCAUCUAGUGUGGGCCGAGGGAAUCUGACCCCCGCAACUUCCCUCUCCUACCCCAACACAGAAACACUCCUGCUGUGAAUUCACUUUAAGGGUGGUGAGGUGAGGCUGGGCAUUUCCACCAGCUGCCCCAGGCCUCUGCCUCCUUAUAGAUGAUACUACAACAUGAUGAAAUGUUUGAGUGAGUGGCCCCAUAUCCUGUUAGGUUUAACAGUAGAGUUAGAGUCAGUCGGUCAACCACAGCAGCGAACAUUCACACAGGCCCAAAAUAAAUCUCUGGUGUUAUUGUGACACUGUGAUUGCUUGUAUUAUUAAGGGAAUUUCAGACGAUGUGAAAUGAUGUGGAUAUUGACCAUACUGUGGCUUCUCUACACUGUAAUAUACAUGGCCUGCCUGCGCGUGUUGAACUGUUGAGUUUGCAUGGCUGUUCUGCUUCUGACAUCCCUGGACAAACGGAGUGAGAACUUAACACUCACUAUUGUGUUAUGGAACUUCCCAGGACUGCAUUAGCAGGCCUUUGUGCUGUGGUCGAUUACCAUCAGUUACAAUGUUAUAAACAACAUAUGCCUGUACGUGCUCCUCAAAUGGUUCCAUGCUAUAGUUCUGCACUGUACUAUAGCUGUACCAUCAGGAGAGACUAUUUCAGUGUUUACCAUGGCCUGAUCCUCAUGCUCUUCAUCACUUGAAUAUUGUUAUAUUGAGAUGCCUGUCAGUGAAUGAGCCCUAAUGACACUUCAGCUGUGCAAUAGCCCCAGUUAGAACUGGCUGACAGCAUAGCUGUAGACUCCACGUUGUCAAACUGCUUGACAGCAUAGCUAUAGACUCCACGUUGUCAAACUGCUUGACAGCAUAGCUAUAGACUCCACGUUGUCAAACUGCUUGACAGCAUAGCUAUAGACUCCACGUUGUCAAACUGCUUGACAGCAUAGCUAUAGACUCCACGUUGUCAAACUGCUUGACAGCAUAGCUGUAGACUCCACGUUGUCAAACUGCUUGACAGCAUAGCUGUAGACUCCACGUUGUCAAACUGCUUGGCUGUAGACUUCACGUUGUCAAACUGCUUGACAGCGUAGCUAUAGACUCCACGUUGUCAAACUGCUUGACAGCAUAGCUAUAGACUCCACGUUGUCAAACUGCUUGACAGCAUAGCUAUAGACUCCACGUUGUCAAACUGCUUGGCUGUAGACUCCACGUUGUCAAACUGCUUGGCUGUAGACUCCACGUGAACGGCUUGACAGCAUAGCUGUCGACUCCACGUUGUCAAACUGCUUGGCUGUAGACUCCACGUUGUCAAACUGCUUGACCGCAUAGCUGUAGACUCCACGUUGUCAAACUGCUUGACAGCAUAGCUGUAGACUCCACGUUGUCAAACUGCUUGACAGCAUAGCUAUAGACUCCACGUUGUCAAACUGCUUGACAGCAUAGCUAUAGACUCCACGUUGUCAAACUGCUUGACAGCAUAGCUAUAGACUCCACGUUGUCAAACUGCUUGACAGCAUAGCUAUAGACUCCACGUUGUCAAACUGCUUGACAGCAUAGCUAUAGACUCCACGUUGUCAAACUGCUUGACAGCAUAGCUAUAGACUCCACGUUGUCAAACUGCUUGACAGCAUAGCUAUAGACUCCACGUUGUCAAACUGCUUGACAGCAUAGCUAUAGACUCCAUGUUGUCAAACUGCUUGACAGCAUAGCUAUAGACUCCACGUUGUCAAACUGCUUGACAGCAUAGCUGUAGACUCCACGUUGUCAAACUGCUUGACAGCAUAGCUGUAGACUCCACGUUGUCAAACUGCUUGACAGCAUAGCUGUAGACUCCACGUUGUCAAACUGCUUGACAGCAUAGCUAUAAACUCCACGUUGUCAAACUGCUUGACAGCAUAGCUAUAGACUCCACGUUGUCAAACUGCUUGACAGCAUAGCUAUAGACUCCACGUUGUCAAACUGCUUGACAGCAUAGCUAUAGACUCCACGUUGUCAAACUGCUUGACAGCAUAGCUAUAGACUCCACAUUGUCAAACUGCUUGGCUGUAGACUCCACGUUGUCAAACUGCUUGGCUGUAGACUUCACGUUGUCAAACUGCUUGACAGCAUAGCUGUAGACUCCACGUUGUCAAACUGCUUGACAGCAUAGCUGUAGACUCCACGUUGUCAAACUGCUUGACAGCAUAGCUGUAGACUCCACGUUGUCAAACUGCUUGGCUGUAGACUCCACGUUGUCAAACUGCUUGACCGCAUAGCUGUAGACUCCACGUUGUCAAACUGCUUGACAGCAUAGCUGUAGACUCCACGUUGUCAAACUGCUUGACAGCAUAGCUAUAGACUCCACGUUGUCAAACUGCUUGACAGCAUAGCUAUAGACUCCACGUUGUCAAACUGCUUGGCUGUAGACUCCACGUUGUCAAACUGCUUGGCUGUAGACUCCACGUUGUCAAACUGCUUGACAGCAUAGCUGUAGACUCCACGUUGUCAAACUGCUUGACAGCAUAGCUGUAGACUCCACGUUGUCAAACUGCUUGGCUGUAGACUCCACGUUGUCAAACUGCUUGGCUGUAGACUCCACGUUGUCAAACUGCUUGACAGCAUAGCUGUCGACUCCACGUUGUCAAACUGCUUAACAGCAUAGCUGUAGACUCCACGUUGUCAAACUGCUUGACAGCAUAGCUGUAGACUCCACGUUGUCAAACUGCUUGACAGCAUACAGUACAGUAGGCCACUGCUGAUGCCUUGUGUAUUAAUGCUGAUUCUGUGCUGCCAAAUGUUUCUGAUCCAUUAGAAAUCUGAAAAAUGUUUCACACACAUUGUGUUUAUAACCUUAAUGUAUUGGGACACUGUUAAGAACUUUAAAACCUGUAUUAGAAAACACAUUCCUGAAAUGUCUAGGAGAAAAUGUAUUAAAUGGGGGAAAAUGUAUGUAAUUAAAGAGGAAUGUAUGGCGAUAUAUGGGAGAUGGGGAGAGAGUGUAGAUAGAGCCUAUAAGAGUUUGCCAACUACAGUGCCUUGCGAAAGUAUUCGGCCCCCUUGAACUUUGCGACCUUUUGCCACAUUUCAGGCUUCAAACAUAAAGAUAUAAAACUGUAUUUUUUUGUGAAGAAUCAACAACAA